AUGGCUUCUGGUGCUCCGAUCCUUUCUGCAGAGGAGCUGCAGACUCUAUCGUCGAAAGCUAUUGCGGCCAAAGCCACCGCGUACUGCCCUUAUUCCCAAUUUCGCGUGGGAGCAUGCAUCCUGACCCAGUCAGGCGAGUACAUUUCGGGUGCUAAUGUCGAAAAUGCCGCAUAUCCCGUGGGCACAUGUGCCGAACGAGUAGCGUUUGGAACGGCCGUUGUUGCCGGUCAUCGGGCUUUCAAAGCCAUUGCCGUUGCGACGGAUACAAAGACUGCAGCAUCCCCGUGCGGCAUGUGCAGACAAUUCAUGAGCGAGUUCACUGGCCCUUCUUUCCCGAUCUAUAUGUACGAUGGAAAGGGCAACCAUGAUGUUACGACAAUGAACGAGCUCCUUCCCAGAUCCUUUGGACCCGGCGACUUUCCCGGUAAAGAAACGCAAUAG